AUGUGACAAACUGUCCUACCAACGUGGUAAGUCAGCCUGACCAAAAUGAUAUCAGAAACUUCCAGAGCUUAAUUUAUUCGAAGCGAUACGACAAAAUGCUUUCUGGGUACAAUGCCUCUGCUGAAGAGUUAUCCAGAUUAUGUUGCACCCAAUGGUUAUCUGGCGACCAUAUGUCUUGGAUUACUCAGCAAAUGAAUAGUAUGCAAGAGGAUACAUUUUGUAUCUACUUGAAUUUUACGCGGGACAUCAAUAGCGCCAUUAAAACAAAAGCCAACAAACUUUCUCUUUGUCCUCAAUGUUAGCAAAAGUGGAGAUGGUAAUGUGUACCUUGGGAGUUACCAACAACCAGGAAACCAUUGGACAACAUGCCAUGUGGACACAAGCGCACACAUAGUUACUUACUGCGAUUCACUUGCUUGGCCGAGCCCCAUUAAUCUUUUGAAAAGAAUCUGAAAAUUCAUGAGGAGGUGUCGCUGUACUCGUUCGUGUACGCUCAUGAUCCGUCGUCAAAGGGACCACACGGUCACCGGUGUCUCUCAUCUUGUGCCCCUCACUAUCCGCCACAACGGUGUGGCAGCAUAUGCGGUGUUGUUGUUAUGGUUGUGGCAGCUAUCGCAUGCCUUGCAAAUGAUUUCUUUCAUCAGCUGACCAAGAAAAUGGACCAUGUACCACAGUGUUUUACUUUUCUCAGUGACCCUACGAAAUACUCAAAGUACCUCCACCUGGUGUUAAUGUCAUGGUUUGGAGCACAAUCCGUUUUUCUGUCGAAUGUCUUGCCCAAGUUUGAUGCCAAUAUGGAAACUCCUAUAAAACUACAACCAGACACCAAAUCAUUAAAUGUAAAUAAUGAAGACGAGAAGAAAGAAGAAAAGAAAGAAGAAAGAAAGGAAGAGAAGAAAGAAAUGAAGAAAGUAAAGAUAGAAAUAAAGAAAGAAGAGAAGAAAUGUUAAAAGAAACGAAACACGUUUUUGAAUGGUUUUAAAAGUCAUUCGUCGAAAAUUGCAAAACCUCUUCAAACAAAGAAAGGUGUCCACAAAUGGGAAUGUCAAUAUUGCGACCUUACCUAGAAUGAUAAAUCGAACCUGAAUCGCCACAUCAGAUGGAAACAUAAAGAAGACCAAAUCAAAGUCAAUGGUGGUUCCACAGACGUUGGAUCAGCCGGACGGUGUGCAUGCACUCAAUGUGGUUAUUCCUGUCGCAGGAUUGUCGAAUUUCGUGAACACCUGUCGAAGGCGCACAAUGUAAUAUUCAGAACCGAAAACAUCAAGCUACAAAACUAUCAAGGUGUGUAAUAUAUACAUCCUAUUUUCGACUAUAUACAUCCCAUUUAUAUUAUCGAGGUACACACUUGUGUUUUAAAAUCCCAAUCAUUUACAAUCAUAUUUGGUAAUUGGUGGCUGUUUUUAUAAUUUUUCAGAAUUUUCAAGCAUGGAAGGAGUCUUUAGAAGAUAGUGAAGACUGUUUGUUUAUCAAGAACACUGGGGCCAAACGAUUAGGUGAAUCGAAAGUGGAAUACUUCAAUUGUAACCGUGGGGGAGAUUACAUGACAAAGGGAACAGGAAAAAGAAGAUUAAAAAGCCAAGGUAUAGGAUGUGGUCUUUGUCAGACAGUAGACCAUUUUCAAACGAAUGAGCCAGGGGAGACGGUUACCGUCCGUCACUUUAAGAAGCUUUAGAAGCCCAUACGGACAGCAAAGGUACUAAAUAUCAAUACUCCUCUUUCUUACUAGGAUCAAGCAAGAUUAACAAUGACAGCUACCACAGCGAAUGACGGCCAUGUUGACGUUGACGUAUGCUACACCCACUACGGACACAAACACAAACUUCAACACAUUCGAAUUUCAAAGAUCAAAAGGCGGGGGAUUGCACUAAAGAUCAGAGAAGGGAUCAGCAGAGAUUGUGUGCGUGAUGAGAUAUGUGAAGGUGUUGCAGAUGACUUGCAUCGCCAACAUCUGGUAGACAAAAAGGACUUGUGUAACAUUUCCACAGCAUAUGGGUUGGACAACAUUCGUCGUCACGGAAACGAUCAGCAAAGCGUCCUGGCAUGGAUAAAAGAAUGGGAGGAAAACAAAGAAACCAACCCCAUUCUUUUUUACAAGUUACAAGGUGAAGAGGCGCCAGACGGGGUAAACCUAGCCAACGACGAUUUUUUCAUUGCUGUGCAAACCCCGCUACAAAAGCAUAUGUUCCAAAAAUUUGCUUCCAACGGCGUUUGUAGUGACACCACACAUGGAACCAACGCGUACGACUUCUCUCUACCAACAAUCCUUGUUGCCGACGAGUUUGGGAAGGGAUUUCCAGCGGGGUGGUGUAUCUCCAAUCAUGAGGACUUCACCGUGAUGCACUUAUUUUUCAGCAUGAUUCGAAAAAAUUGCGGCGUUCAACACAGUGGGUUUUUCAUGAGCGAUAUGGCACCUCAGUUUUUCAACGCAUGGGUUGUCUAUCUAUUCAUAAUGUAACCUAUCUAUCUAUUCAUAAUGUAACCAGUCACUGAAAAGCCCUGAUAUAGGGAGUGUGCUGUGAAAUAUCUAUGGGGGAGCCCCGGCCGAAGAAGCUUGUAUGCACGUGGCACGUGGAUAAGGCUUGGCGAACUGAAUUAAAGAAAAAAAUCGGAGAGACAGCAGUGGAAGCGGAAGUAUACAAGAUGCUUCGGAUGGUCGUCGAACAAACAAACACAAGUCUGUUUCAAGAUUGUGUCGAUGCUCUUUUGUUGGAUCUAUCUUCAGAUAAAAAGAAGAAAGAUUUCCACGAUUAUUUCAAGCAGGAGUGGUUGCCAAAUAAAGAACAUUGGGCGUUUUGUUACAGGCUUGGGCUUGGAAUCAACACCAAUAUGUUCGUCGAAGCAUUCCACCGUGUAUUCAAACGGAACUAUCUCGGGGGGAAAGUCAAUAAACGCGUGGAUGUUUGUUUGCUGAAUUUGCUGAAAUUCGCACGUGAUCAGUGUUUUGGCCGAAUGAUUCAACUAAUGAAGGGAAAGGCGAGCUAUCGAGUGAAGGCCAUUCAAGAACGGCAUAGGCGUAGCCUUGGUUUACCUCUGGAGAAAGUCGUACAUGCGAAUGACUACGAAGUUCAGCGUUUAUGAGAUAAAUGUCCAGAAACGAAAUGUAUCUUUCCUGCAUUGAAUGUGGCAUAUGUAUUCAUUGCUUCGUGUGUACUUGUCCAGACUCGCUUAUUCUUCAUACUAUAUGCAAGCACAUUCAUCUUGUCCAACGAGCGCUGUCUUUUGCCAAAGACAACAGCAUAGAUUGCGAAGGCUGUGAUUUUGUAGAUGACCUCGUUGAUAACUUCAAAAGCGAAGAAAUCCAACGUCUAACGUGUUUUACUCAAAUGCCAAACGUCGCUGAUGUCGAGAAUAUCCGUGCGCGAGUAAAAAGUCGGAUCGCUGAUAUGCUUGCCACUGUCGAGAAGAGUGCCAAUCCAGCUAAAAUGUUGCAACUAGAGAAGACGUUAAAUUCUUCUUACAGUCUUUUUCUUGCUACAGAAGAGGAUGGUUCCUCACCCCAGUCCCUCUCACCGACCAACAAUGCUCCUGCCAACAAAAAUAUGGAAACGCAGCCAAGAUUUGUUUCGACGAAGAGAAAACGUGACGGAGUGAGAAAUGUUCAUUUCGUCAGACCAUCUAGAGAGGAGAAAGAAGAUAUAAUGGAAAAAUAUAGAGAACUAAGUAAGUAAUAAGUAUAUGGCUGCAUGGAUAUAUUCGAACCCACUGUAUUAAGUUUUAAACUGCACUUGACGAUCAAAACAUUCAAUUCUCCUAGCAAACUGUGUCAGUUUCAUAUGAAAUUGGUUUUACAUAACUCUGAGGAUUAUUUUGAAAUUAGUGAAACCUGCUUAUACUGUAAUUGUUCUCUUGUACUCCCUUGCAGGAGAUCACAAAAUCUUAACAAUGCUGGUACGCAACCCUCCGAUGAUAGAUCCUUAUAUUCCUUUUGAGGUGGCAGACCUCAGACUUCACAACUUACCUGAUGAGAUAUUGGAUGCAAAUAUUGAUGUAGUAAAACAUUACUUCAGCAAUAAAGCUUGGUCUGCAGUGAAAAAAUCAGGUACAAUAUAUCGUAAUUGCAUUAAAUGUACAUUUUACACAGAGGUGUGGCGGGGGCCGGGCACCUCCCCCUGGUAAAAUUUUGCCGCCCCCCCCCAAUAAAAAUUAUUCUAUAAAAAUAAGUGGAACCAGCUGGCCUUGCCUAGGCUUUUGCUGCCUCCCCCCCCUGACCAAACAUCCUUGCUAUGCCUCUGAUAUUACAUACCAGUACUCAAGUGUACAUUUAAGUUUUAGAAUACUAGCAAUUAGGGUUUCAUUUUCUGAUACUGUGAAGUUUUACCCGAAUUCUAUUAAAAAAUUCUAUUAAAAUUAUUCUAAAAAUGUACUUAUUCAUUGCAGUUUCAAAAAGCUUGCUCUAAGGCCAAACACACAAACAUGGUACAGUGUGAUACAUGCUUCAACUGGUUUCAUUGAUGAGUAUAAAUCCACACAUUUAGUGAAUAUAGAAAUAUUAAAAUUGUGGUGACAGUCAAUUAUUUAAUCAAUUAAUUAUUUAAUUAAUUGAUUCAUUAAAUAAUUAAUUAAUUAAAUAAUGAAUUAAUUAAAUGCAAUUUUUUUAUAAUUGUAUGGAAAUUGGAAAGGUUAGAGUUGAGUAUGAAUUUUAUUUUCCUUAACCAUAGCCACAAUGCGCCCCAGUGUGCCCUACUUAUUUUUUUUACUUGUCUAACACCAGACGAUUUUCCUUCUCAAUGGGGAAGCUCUGCAGCUUAAUGGGUUAACCAAAAAAUCUGACAAUGUCUCUAGUUAACCCAUUGAGCCGCAAUGCUCCCAGUGCAUUCUCCUUUUUUCUUUGUCUAACGCCAUAAAUUUACUUGUCAAUGGGAAAGCUCUGCAGAUUAAUAAGUUAAACUUGUCAUAAGUGCCUUGUACUGUAAAUAAAGAAAAAAAGAGGACGGAGUUCCAGGUUAUUGCAAAGACUAAGGAAAUUUAUUUUCAGGCUUUGUGUUGGAUACAUUGACGAAGACAGCGAUGAUGAAUCUGAAUGCUGGAGUUGCAAUACCUGCGUUAAGAAAACAAAGUACACAUAAACAGGGGCAGGGCUACUCUGUAAAAUAUCAGGCAGUGCAAAGAAAAUGUAAUCCUGCUCUUUACCUAAAUGUUUUUGUAAACCUUUGA